AUGAUAUCGGACCUAUUAGCUUUCUUAACCAGAGGAUUUGGCAGGCAUGUGCCCGCCGCUGGUAAUCAGGAAUACGUCUCCUGGCUUGCCAAUCUGCUUGGGGAGGUAGAGAGGAACCCCCAAGAUCUGCACCCUGUGUUGGGUGAAUUCGAGCGCCUCAUUGAAACCAAUCCACGUAUCUAUAUGCUCCUCCAGUCCAUGCUCCAGGAAGCCCAGGAAUGUAGGCUUGGCAUAGAGCAGAAUGUGGAGAUUCAUGACUACCAUAAGUUGCUACGGGUCCUCAACUACAUCAUUACGCAUGCACCCCCUUGGACUGAUGACCAUCCCGGUGUGCCGAUGCUUGUCCUCCUUCAAUCCUCUAUGCCAACUGUCAGUGGCUACGCCUUUUUCCAGGAUCCUGAGGUGAACAAGCUCAUCAAGAAGACUCUGAAUGCUUGGGCUGAUUUCCUGUCUUCACCGGAAUCGGCUGGUGUGCUCAAUACUUCUAUAGCUGGUUGGUUCAGCACAGGAGGCCUUCGGAGGUUGACUGACACAGCAAACAUCGGCGGCGAGGGCUUUAAAUUCGAGGAGCUGUAUAUCUGUAACCCCGAUGCUCCACACUAUGGUUUCAAGUCCUGGGAUGACUUUUUCACGCGCAGAUUCAGAGAGGGUGUUCGACCAGUUGCCUUUCCCGAUGAUGAUAGUGUCAUCGUCAACCCUUGCGAGUCGCAGCCCUUUGCUGUUGCGAGGCAGGUCAAAGCCCGUGACUCAUUCUGGAUCAAAGGAAAGACGUACUCGUUGUCUGAUAUGCUUGGAAAUACCUUUGUGACGCCCUUCCUUGAUGGGACGGUCUACCAAGGUUAUCUGGAUACUUUCAGCUAUCACCGAUGGCACUCACCUGUUUCAGGCAAGGUUGUUAAGUCUUACGUACUGGAUGGCACGUAUUUUUCCACCCCGGAAGCUUUGAAUGUCAACCCGCCGAAUAAGGAUCCCGGAAAUGAGAUCCUUUACCAAGGAUACCUGGCGGCCAUGGCAACACGCGCUGUGAUACUUAUUGAAGCAGAGAACCCAGAAAUUGGACUGAUGGCAUUUCUAGCCAUUGGUAUGGCUGAGAUAUCCACUUGUGAGAUCUCUGUGUGCGAAGGGGAUUGUUUGAGCAAGGGUGAUGAGCUCGGUAUGUUCCAUUAUGGGGGUUCAUCGUAUUGUUUGAUCUUCCAAAAGGGUGUCAAUGUCAUGUCGUUUCCAGAAGUUGGAGGGGAAAAGAAUAUACCCGUUCGGGGUCAGUUGGCAACUGUGACGCCAAUGGAGGUGGACGGUUUCCAAGUUGUAUGA